AUAUUUCCUAAGCGACCAGAGGUGGAUUCCACCAUGUGUUCCUCAGACUCUGAGAAGUACUGCUCAUGAUCCGGUCACAGAAUGCUCUCUUAAUGCCAGAUAGCUGUCACAUAGUUGCCUAGACGGGACUACGGAUUCAGCAGCUGUGUGGCUGAUCCCAUCAGCAAAUUUGUCGAAGAAAUGGACACCCAUAUGGACUUGCUGACAGAGCUCCAGCUUCUGGAUAAGGUACCUACCCUAGAGCGACUCCGAGCCGCUCAGAAACGCAGGGCUCAGCAGUUGAAGAAAUGGGCUCAGUAUGAGAAGGAGAUGCAGCACAAGAAGCGGAAACAUGAGAAAAAGAGGAAUGUUGUCUGCCCCAAGAAAGUGUCUUUUGAGGCCAGUGUUGCAUUGCUGGAAGCUUCGUUAAGGAAUGAUAUUGAGGAAGUCUGUUAUUUAUUGAACAACGACUUCAGUCCAGAUCUGUGCAAUGAAGAUGGAUUAACUGCACUGCAUCAAUGCUGCAUAGACAACUAUGAAGAAAUAGUUACACUUCUUCUGAGCCAUGGGGCCAAUGUCAAUGCAAAGGACAAUGAAUUGUGGACUCCUCUGCAUGCAGCAGCAACAUGUGGACACAUCAAUCUAGUGAAGAUCCUGAUUCAGCAUGGGGCAGACCUGCUGGCAGUGAAUGCAGAUGGCAAUAUGCCAUAUGACCUCUGUGAAGAUGAACCAACUCUGGAUGUUAUUGAGACCUGCAUGGCAUACCAAGGAAUCACACAAGAGAAAAUCAAUGAGAUGCGAGCCGCCCCUGAACAGGCAAUGGUUGAUGAUAUUGCAGAGAUGAUUGUAAGAGGAGAGGAUCUGAACAUAAUGGAUGUCCAAGGUGCUUCACUGUUACAUAUAUCUGCAGCCAAUGGUUAUCUGCAUGCAGCAGAGCUUCUUCUAGACCAGGGAGCAAGACUGGACCUCAAGGACUGGGAUGGCUGGGAACCCCUCCAUGCUGCUGCUUUCUGGGGACAUAUGCAAAUGGCAGAGCUCUUAGUGUCCCAUGGGGCAAGCUUGAGUGCGCGAACAGCUAUGGAUGAGAUGCCAAUAGAUCUGUGUGAAGAAGAAGAGUUUAAGGUUCUGCUCUUAGAGUUGAAGCAUAAACAUGAUGUCAUCAUGAAGUCUCAGAUGAGACACAAAUCCUCCUUGAACAGGAGAACAUCCAGCACUGGAAGCAGAGGAAAAGUGGUCCGGAGGGCAAGCCUUUCAGAUCGAACAAACCUUUAUAGGAAGGAAUAUGAGAAGGAGGCCAUCAUCUGGCAGCAAAUAGAAUCUUCUGAAGAGCAAAGAACUUCUGAUUACAAUAGUGACAUUCGGGAGGCUUCCUCUAACCAAGAGAACACAGAUCCAAACUUGACAACUGAUACAGCUAUAAUCCUUCCAGAGUUGGUAACCAAAGGAACACAGUGCGAUUCAGAAAAUCUGCUUCAGAAUGGACUCAGCCUGCCCUCCAUCCCUUACCAAUACUCUAUUCCAAAUGGAGAUGUUUGGAUAAUGCAUUCAGCCCUGGACAAUGAUCCAAGCCAAGCAUUGCCCUACAAUACCCCUGGGGUCUCUGAUUCUCAUCAGAUCUGGGAUGAGUACAAAGAAAGGAGCCACCAAACCCUUUCGGAACUGAAACGGCAGCGAGCAGCAGCCAAGCUUCUCAACCACCCCUUCAUCAGCACACACUUUGGUAGCAGUGUAGGAGACUCAGUGGAAAAUGGAGGAGAAGCUAAAGAGCAUCUGAUUAGUUCCAGGACGCCUUCCUAUACAUCUAAUGGAACUUCAGUUUAUUACACCAUGGCAAGUGGUGACCCACCUCUCUUAAAAUUCAAGGCUCCCAUGGAAGAAAUGGAGGAAAAGGUGCAUGGCUGCUGCAGGAUUUCCUGAUCUCGGUUUAUCCCUACCAAGCUGGUAGGCAUGUUGCAUCUACUACUGAAUCUUCAUUUUUACUACUGCAGGAUCACAGAAUCUGGUUCAGCCAUCUAAAACUAGGGUCUUCAAGGUUUAUGCAUACCUAGUUCCAUAUUUUGUUUUUGCAGUUUCAUUAAAAAUUGAGCAUGUGUAGGUGGAAAGAGGUCAAAGUGAAACUCUUUACACAUACUUUUAUCUACCAGAUAAGAGAUUGUUCAUUUGAUUACAACUCUAAUCUGAUUUGAAAUAUCUAUUUAUGGGCUUCUGGGUCCAUAAUGUUCCUGAAAACCGGCACAUGAGGAAUAAAUUCUUUUGACAUUGGUACACCAUUACUGACAAAUACUCUUUUACAAGCAGACUAGUAGACAAGAAAGGACCCAGUUUCUCUGUGUAAGAUUUUGCACAUGAAGAUAUAUGCACUUUAUGAUAACAACCGGUCUGAAAACUUAGCCUCUAAUGUGACUGCACUGUUGGAAUAUUAUCCAUCUUACUGCCAAUUUUGUUUUUUGUUUUUUGCCAUCAUUUCUUAGCAUCCCUUUUAUAAAAUAAUGAAGCAGGCUUCUAUGCAGGUUUUCAACUCUUUUAAGGAAGAGGUGAAUUUUUUUCAGCUACUUAGAGGAGCAACACAGUUAAAAGGAGUUCAUGUUUUAUGCCUAGCUUUCUCCAUUGAUAGUUCUUUUUAGUUUGCACUUGAGAAUAUUUUGAUAUGCAUUUCAGUAGUGUAGCAAAUUUUAAUUCAUCAUGUCCCAUCAGAGAACUACCGUUUUUGAUUUCCCCCCAACUUCUGUUGGGAAGGAGAUUUGAAAGGAAGUUAUUUUCUUCCAUGCUUCUCAGUGUUACAUCUCGCUGCUUGUACUAUUAUUUGAUUAGCCUGUUCUGCUGUGCAUAAAAAAAACAAAACAAAACACCUUGAAAUGGCUUUUAAACA